ACUAGUGUAGGAAGCUGGACGAACAACGGGGCAUCGCGAUAUGACGUCUAGUGCACCAAUAGUGUCAUUAAGUAGCCUGUUCAUUUGUGCUGACAGUUUAGAUUCUCGAAGACUGUACAGUAGGCGAGAGGCAGUGUGGGGGCGAGGAAAGAUUUAUUUAGAUCGGCAGGGAGUUAGCUGUUUUACGGUUGACUACUGUUAACUAUCGUCAAUGUAACGUUGUUUAGAAUUGUCACAUUUAUACUUUAUGCUAGCUAUUAAACGUAGCUGGCAAUAGUCGGAUGCUCUGAAAAUUAACUGCGAAACUGGUACUGCAACAACGCUGUCACAACUUACUCCGUAGAACCAUUGCCUUUGCUGUGGCGAAUCCUGUGAUUGCACUAUGACAUUGACCUUAAGUACGCUUAGCUUGCUAUUACUGUAAAGCUAAGCGAUUCGACAGCAUGCAGGACGGACAUAAAGCUGGCGGAAACUUAUAGGAAAAAGAGGAAUAAGAAAUUCCGGUUAGGAUUAUCCUCGACUAGGUCUGUAGCUUGCCAUUCACUAUUCUUUUAAGAGCGUACAUUUGAUUGUCAAACUAUGAAGAAGUUCUCUCGAAUGCCGAAGUCUGAAAGUGGUGGACUCGGUGGGGGUGUCUCAGGAUUUGGUUCUGGAGUUGCUAACUACGUUGGGAAAGUGUUCGGUGUUGGUCGAUUCCAAGUGACCGUGGAAGAACUCAUCGCAGAAGGAGGGUUCUCUGUUGUCUUCCUCGCCCGGACUCAUGGCGGAGUGCGAUGUGCCUUGAAGAGGAUGUAUGUCAACAACCUCCAGGACCUGAGUGUCCACAAGAGGGAGAUCACUAUCAUGAAAGAGCUGUCAGGGCACAAGAAUAUUGUGCGAUACCUGGAUUCUACCGUUAACAUGGUGGGAGAGAGCGUGUGGGAGGUAAUAAUUCUCAUGGAAUACUGCAAAGCUGGUCAGGUAGUGAGGCAGAUGAACCAGCGACUCCACACUGGUUUCAGUGAGGCGGAGGUUCUGACCAUCUUCUGUGAUACCUGCGAGGCCGUGGCCAGGUUACACCAGUGCAAGACCCCGGUCAUUCACAGGGACCUGAAGGUGGAGAACAUCUUGCUAAAUGACGAAGGAAACUAUGUGCUGUGUGACUUUGGAAGUGCGACACACAAAGUGCUUCUUCCACACAAAGAUGGUGUGACAGCAGUGGAGGAUGAAAUAAAAAAGUAUACAACCCUGUCAUAUCGAGCUCCUGAGAUGAUUAAUCUUCACGAAGGCAAAGCGAUCACCACUAAGGCCGAUAUAUGGGCUCUUGGCUGCUUGUUGUACAAGCUGUGUUUCUUCUCACUUCCAUUUGGAGAGAGUCAGGUUGCCAUAUGCGAUGGAGCAUUUUUUGUUCCAGACAAUUCCAAAUUCUCCAGCAAGUUGCAUUGCUUAAUCAGAUAUAUGCUGGAAUCUGAUCUAGAGAAGAGACCCGAUAUCUAUCAAGUCUCCCACUUUGCCUUCAGGCUGACAGGAAAAGAGUGCCCCGUGCCAAAUAUCUUUACCUCUCCUCUACCCACGUCACUUCCGGAGCCUAUGACAGCCAGCGAGGUGGCCACUCAGAAGAGCAUGACAAAAGCCAGAAUUACAGACUCCACUGGACCAACGGAAACAUCUAUUGCCCCCAGGCAGAGACCGAAGGCAGUGAGCGCUAGCGUUCUGCCCAUCGACAAGGCCGUUGCCCCUGUGAAGAAGGUGUCUCCUUCAGGGCCAGUGAGCAAUGGGGAGGGUCUGAGCACUCAGCAGGCUCCGAGGAGCAGCCAGCAGCCGCAACAGCAGCAGCCAGGAGACCAGCAACAGCGGCUGCAGCAAAAACAUCAACAUUUGCAGUGGCAGCGUCAACAGCUGCAGCAACAGCAACAGCUUCAGCAACAGCGACUGCAGCAACAGCAACAACUGCAGGAAGAGCAACAGCAUAAAAAACUGCAGCAACAGCAACAACAGUACCUACAACAGUACCACCAAGUUCUCCAGCAACAUGCACUUCAGCAGCAGAUGCAGCCCAUGGUCCAACAGCAGGCUCACUAUGCCGCUCUGAUGCAGCAGUACCAGCAGGCUUUCGCCAAUCAGCAGCAGCAGGCCCCUUAUCUCACCUCCCCUCUGGAGUUCCAGGUCUCCCCUGGGCCCUUAACCCCAGCAGGGUCAGCUCUGGGUCAGCCCACCACAGAGCCUUCAGUCACUACAGCCAGGAAUCCUCUCCUGGACACAGAGGGGGUCACCCCACCCCCGCAGAACAUCAGCAGCCCCCCUGACGUGCAGCACUGGAACCCCUUCAGACAAAACAGGCUCUCAGAGGAAGACCCACUGGACCGGGAGUUUGACCUUCUUAGAGCAAGCAAGUGCCAAUCUCUGAGCUCUCAUAAAGGGUUUAUGUCUUUCACCACAUUUCCAGUACUUUCCCUAUGUCUUAUGAUCAUAUUUCAUUUUCAUCUUUUUUUCCUUCCACACAUGAAUAUGUAUUCCUGCUACUACCUGAAUUGCCAACUUGUCUGUUACUCACCGUCCAUAGAGAGGCCAGUGGAGAGAGCGACCAGUGUGGACUCUGCUGUGGAGAGGCUGCAGUCCCACCAGAAGCCCCUCUCCGAAGACCUCUUUGGCUCUAUUCCUUUUCUGUCCACUGCAGGAGAGCCCAGCACGGAAAGUCCGAAGCAGUCCCGUGAAGAGCUGAGUGACCCAGGAGGGACCUCGGUCCUACCUCCUACCCAGGAGCCUAGCGCCAGCAACAGCAGCAGCAGAGCAGGGGAGCAGUCGGACAGCGACUUCGAGUCGGACCCCCCUUCCCCCAGGAGCAGCGAGGAGGGGGAGCCGGAGGACGAGGAGGGCCUGAACCUGGAAAGCGGCGAGUUCAACGAAGACAACGACGCCGAGCCCGAGAAUCUGGGUCAGAGGCCGCUGCUCAUGGACUCGGAUGAAGAGGAGGACAAGUGCAGCUCUGGUUCCAGCUGUGAGGACCUGAAGGAGGCGGAAGCGCACGCAGGUCAGCAGGCGGGAGACACUAUUUUGACUGCAGUGGAAGGAGGUCAUGGGAGAGAUGCUGGAGCUACCCUGAUCGUGCCUAUUGACCCACCCAGUGCGGCAAUGAGAGAGCCGUCUAGGGGCAACGUGGACAUGGUCGGAGCUGUGCCGUUCCUGGGUGCCUUACAGGGUGAUACCACUGAAGACACUGAUAUUUUUUCCAAAGCACCCUUCAGACAGGCGAGCCAAGAGCAGGCCGUGGAUGAGGUUGAUGUUUUCAGCAAUGCCCCGUUCAGCAGACCCAGAAAGGGUGGAGGUGCCCCAAUCGGACAGAUGUUCCCCAUUUCCCCAGUCAGUGUAGAUGUUUUCGGCCGUGCUCUUUUUCAGCCCAGCAGACCCGUGCCUGUCUCUCAGAGCCAGGAGGAGAUUUUUGGUCAUGUGCCUUCGGAAGAAGUGUCCUGUCCCCAGCGGCAGACUCUGAAUCUGUCCUCACAGCAGAGCGACCGGGAGAGCCUAAAAAACAAUACAAAUCAGCACAGCCACAGCAGCAGGAGCAACAGGUCCAGUUCAAAGACACCCCAACAUGACCGCCAUCACAGACACGCAGUCGGGAUGCACUCGCAGGAGAGCAGUGAGUUCCUCGGCUUCUCAGACGUCCAGGAGGACAACAGCCAAGCCUCAGCCUGUGCCAGCGAGGGAAUGAUGCCCAUACCCUCAGAGGAAGCCGGGCUCUUUCCGCUCCCAGACGGUGCCCAGCACUCCCAACAACAUAGCCAACGUUACCACACAGUGGAUCUUGGUAAAGCCAAACGUAGAGCUCCGCCUACCUCCUUGCAUACCGCCCUCGGAGAGGGGAAUAAUAUGGACAACUUUGGUGCAGUUCCAUUCACUGAGCUGGCUGUCUCCAGUGGGCCACACAUGCCUUCUCAAGUUGAGCUGGAUCCUUUCGGGUCUGCACCCUUCUUCUCUAAGCAGUGAAUGCUUUGUCUUCCAGCACACACAUACUAAUGUAAUUCAAAGCUUGCUGAUGCCCAGGACGGAUAUCCAAGGAUAACAGCUUUGUGGUGUGGUGUUACAGCCAAAUUAACAGUAUGCUAGGGAUGUGCUUUUGGCUUAGAUUUUGGCUUACUGGUAAGUGGGACCAGUUCUAAAAUGAGAUAAAUUGAUGAUUUUUAUUCAUUUAAAUUUAGUCCACAUACAGUGUCAAUUAUAUUAGCGCUUUGAGUGAUAGUAGCAGUGCCUCACAGGGGAGAUGUACAUUCAUUCAAAUGUGGGCUAGUGAAUUGGGUAUUAGCUCUGCUUUUUCAUUGACAAUUUAGGUAUAUUUCUUUUUUUGUCACAUUUGCAUUUUCAAGGCAUCAGUGAAAACCAGUUUGCAUAGCUAGUUAGCUAUGUUAGCUGCUUUGUAUUUAAAUUUUGGCAGAAUAAUCUGUCGGGAGAAUCUGUCGAAAAAGUGCUACCUUCACUGGGCUUCUGUUGGAGUGUAUUUUUGAUGCGAAUGAGCCCAGCUCCAGUGCUUCUAUUAUGAAAAUGUCUAUUUUAUUCAGGAAUGAAAUUAGAUGUGAUCUGAAAGUAACGUGCACAUUCUGUUUUACAUGUUGUUUUUGUUUCAGUGAUUAUCCUAUGGUUUUGCAUGUUAUCAGAUUUUGGUUAACAGGAAACAAUCACAUCCCUAGCACAUACAGCAUAUUGCAAUACUGAUGGACUAAUCUACUUUAAAAAUUACUGUAAGUGAUCACAGAACAGACCUAAAUUUGAGAAGUCAUAUCUGUUUUUGAUUAUGUAAGUUGUCAUUGGCAUACAGCCUUUAAACUGCACUAUUAUUAUAGUUAUUUUGGGUGAAAUGCUCUAGGAAAUUCAGAUUAUAAAGUUUUUUUUCUUGAAUUGAAAGGUAUUCAUUUUAUCUUUGUCGACUAAGAUUGUAUAGUGACAACAAGCUAGCUCCAUCAUUGACUGCUUGAGUAAAGAUGUUGAAUUCUGGCUAUCUAUUGAUUGAUCUACCAGUAAAAAUUAUUUUGCACCGCAAAGCCUUAUGGGAAACUCAUUUCCUGUUGCACAGUACUUCUGAGCUGCCACAGAAAAAAUAUUGAAGGCAUUGAAGUUUCUGAAUCAAGCCACUGUGCAUUUACAUUACCGCACAGGGAAAUAAUGUAUAUGUACACUCACUGAGCACUUUAUUAGGAACACCUGUACACCUACUUAUUCAUGAUUAUCUAAUCAAUCAUGUGGCAGCAGUGCAAUGCAUGAAAUCAUGUAGAUAUGGGUCGGUAGCUUUAGUUAGUGUUCGCAUCAACCACCAGAAUGGGGGAAAAAUGUGAUUUCAGUAAUCUCUGCCGUGGCUUGAUUGUUGGUGCCAGACAGGUUCGUUUGAGUAUUUCUGUAACUGCUGAUCUCCUGGGAUUUUCACGCACAACAGUCUCAGAUAACCACUCUGUACAAUUGUGCUGAGCAGAAAAGCAUCUCAGAAUGCACAAACACAUCCAACCUUGAGGUGGAUGAGCUACAACAGCAGAAGACCACGUCAGGUUCCACUUCUGUCAGCAAAGAACAGAAAGCUGAGGCUGCAGUGGACUCAAAGUUGAAGACUGGAAAGAUUUUGCCUGGUCUGAUGAAUCUCAAUUUCUCCUAAGGCAUACAGAUGGUAGGGUCAGAAUUUGGUGCCAACAGCAUGAAUCCAUGGACCCAACCUGCCUUGUGUCAACAGUCCAGGCUGGUGGCAGUGGUGUAAUGGCAUGGGGAAUGUUUUGUUGACACACCUUGGGCCAGUUAAUAUCAAUCAAUCAUCCCUUGAAUGCCACAGCCUAUUGGAGUAUUGUUGCUGACCAUGUGCAUCCCUUCAUGGCCACAAUGUACCUUUUAUCUUCUAAUGGUUACUUCCAGCAUGAUAAUGCACCAUGUCACAAAGCAAAAGUCGUCUCAAACUGGUUUCAUGAACAUUGAGUUAAAUGUUCUUCACUGGCCUUCCUAGCCACUGUGUGAAUAGAAUGUGAAUAGAAUAGAACUAAUGUCCAAUAGAACAACUUUGGGAUACGGUAGAAUGUGAGAUUUGCAGCAUGAAUGUGCAGCUGACAAAUCUGCAGAAUUGCGUGAUGCAAUCAUGUCAACAUGGAACAGAAUCUCAAAGGAAUGUUUUCAACAUCUUGUGGAAUCCAUGCCAUAAAGUAUUGAGGCUGUUUUGAGGCCCUACCCUAAUAAAGUGCUCAGUGAGUGUAUAUUCACUAUGGAGUUUGUUUCAAAACUUGUGUACUCUGUGGAUUCUAUUCAAGGUAAUGGAUAUUUUAAGUGAUUUGGCAUAUCUAUGUGUACGUAGGUCAAGCGAAAAUCCUAUGUGGAUUAGAUAAAGAAAUAUCCCACUCUUUUAGGUGAUUAUUUUUCAACCGAUCACAUGCAUAAUCAUGGUGAAUUUUUUACCAAGAGAAUGCAAGUAAUUUUAUGUUUAGAAGUACCAUGUUCUGACAUUAGAGACAAUAUAGUCUUUAUGGUAGAAAUAAUUGGUUUUCAGUUUUCACAGAAAACCAAUAUGCCAUGGGUAUUCUUUUUGACCAUUCCAUUUUACAGCAUUAUUAUAUUUUCACAAAUCAAAAUAAUUGAGAAUUAAAAUAAAAUAUAAAAAAAGCUUUAAAUCUGGAAAGUGAAUUACAGCUUCAGUCCUAGAGGACUGUGUGUGUGUGUGUGUGUGUGUGUGUGUGUGUGUGUGUGUGUGUGUGUGUGUGUGUGUGUGUGUGCGUGUACAUGCGUGCAUGUGUGUGUGCUCAUGUGAACUUUCUUGUUUGGGCUAUAGUUACUGUAAUCAGUGUGCUGCACCACCUUACCUGGACAACAGUGGACUUUAAAACCCAAAAAGGCAUCAGACAUUUUGAUCCAUAUUGAAGGCAAAAGGCACACUUGGGGCUGAAUGAUCAAUAAUCUGUAAACCGUUUCUACUGAACCUAUUAAAUAUUCUCGAUUUGAAAUGUC